GUGACGCUGGUUGACGCUUGUUUGCACCUGUUUCCGCCUAGUCAGUUCGCCCGACUCAAGCCGCAAGCGCAUGCGCGCGCAUGACUAAUGUGAUCCUGCUCUCUACCCCCACACCCUGUGCCCACUAAUGACCCGAAAACAUGUCCCUCUUGUCAUGAAAUGACGUAUCAAAGACUUCUUACUCCUUAUCUGGAACAGCCUGGGAGUUGUUGUCCGUUAUAAGACCCAGGCCAAUUGCCCAAGAUCUUAGAUACAGGUUAUUGCAAUCUUCUGACGCCACUCUGAAAAGCUGACAGUAAUCAAAAAUGGGUUCCAAUGACAACUUCAAGCUCCGGGUCGCUUCCGCGUCUGGUUCCGUGACGGAUCGACGCCAUGCCUUUGCCGAAUUGGCCAAGAACGAAGAUGUCCAGUUCAUCGUGGGCGACUGGAUGUCAGAGUACAAUAUGACGACUAGAGCUGGAGGCAAGGUCACCAGCAAUGGUGCAUCCAGCGAGUUUGAGACUUCUUUCCUCGAAGCUCUUGAGCCUGCUUUGCCAUAUCUUCAAUCCAGGGGCAUCAAGGUCGCCGUCAAUGCCGGAGCAAGCGACACCCAGAAGCUGUACCAAGUCGUUGUUGACAAGGUGAAAGCAGCCGGGUUGAAUCUGCAAGUAGCUUGGGUGGGAGGAGACGAAGUCAUGGAUGCUGUACAGUCGGCCAUCAAACUCGGCCAAGACUUCAAGAGCCUGACUACUGGCCAAAAGCUUUCUGAUUGGGGCUUCGAACCAAUAUAUGCCCAAUGCUACCUCGGCUGCUGGGGUAUCGUCGAGGCCCUGAAGCAAGGCGCAGAUAUUGUCCUGUGUGGCCGUGUGGCCGAUGCCUCUCCCAUCAUAGGUUGUGCUGCCUACCACUAUGGCUGGGGCCGACAAGAUUAUGACCAGCUGGCUCAUGCAUUCGUGGCCGGCCAUUUCAUCGAAUGCUCGACUUAUGUUACGGGUGGCAACUUUUCCGGAUUCAAGAGCCUUCCGGGCAAGUCACUCGACCUAGGGUUCCCCAUUGUCGAGAUGGCGGCUAAUGGCCAGUUUUAUGUCACCAAGCAGAAGGACCGCGACGGAAUGGUCACCGUUGACACCUGCAAAGCCCAGCUGUUGUACGAGAUCCAGGGCCCAAUGUAUUACAACUCAGACGUGGUGGCCAUAUUGGAUAGCAUCAAGAUAGAACAAGCGGGCCAGGAUAAGGUCUUUGUCACCAACGUCGGAAGCCUCAAGCCGCCUCCAACGACCAAGGUUGGCAUCACGGCCAAAGGCGGGUUCCAAGCAGAAGCACACUACUUCUUGUGUGGACUCGACAUUGAGGAGAAAGCCAAGUUUUUGGAGCGUCAGGCCCGCGCAGGGCUCGACGAAACCAAGUAUCACUGCUUAGAGUUCCGCACGAAUGGGCGAUGCCCACCUAACCCCAAAAACCAGGACUCGGCUACUGUCGACCUUCGAAUCUUUGCCCAGGCAAAAGACGAAUCGGCUCUUUCCACCAGUCAGUUUUUCCGUCCAGUUUCGGACACCAUCAUGCAGAGCUACCCGGGAGCGACUUUUGCGGUAGAUGCUCGACAGGCUGUCCCCAAGCCGUACUACGAAUACUGGGUUACGAUUCUGCCGCAGAGCAGCGUGAAGCAUAUCUGCUACCUUCCGUCGAAAGGGUUGGAAAUCCCAAUCCCGGCGCCUACAGAUACGCAAGACUUUGUCUACGAACAAUCGACAUAUGAGACGUCAAAUCCCAUUGAUCUUUCGACGCUGGGAGCUACUACCGAGGCGCCACUAGGCUACGUAGUCCAUGCGAGAUCUGGCGACAAGGGUUCGGAUUGCAAUGUGGGCUUCUUCGUGCGCCACGCCGAUGAGUGGGAUUGGCUCCGGAGUCUGUUGACCGUGGAGAAGGUGCGCGAGUUGCUUGGCGAGGACGACAAAGGAAAGCCCAUAUUCCGCUUCGAAUUUCCAAACCUCUGGGCCGUUCACUUCCUUCUUAAAGAUCAUUUAGAUCGUGGCGUGGCGUCUAGUUCGACUUACGACGUGUUGGGGAAGAAUCUGGCAGAGUAUCUGCGAUGCAAGCUAGUACAAGUGCCAAACCGCUUUUUAGAACGGGGUAGAAUCUAGUAGACGCCCCUUGCACGCUUGAAUAGGACCAUAUCAAGGUCGGGCCAAUCGGGAGAGUGUACUCCGCGAUAGAAUUACCAAGUUGAUCAAAGAUACGCCCUCAAUGUUUUUC